AUGGAAACUACGCCGGUAGUCGAUCUACGUAUGAGUUUUUUGGGCAACUUUGUCCAAAAAACUUUGAAAUUAAAACCGGAAAAAUGGACUCGCAUGAUGAAUACGGAAGAACACAAGGCUCUAGUUAUGAAAUUCCUCGAAAGACCUCAUCCGACUUUGCUUAUUAUAGUUUUAACGCCUACCUUACAAUUGGUCGCCUCCAAUGGAUUCCCGCUCAACCAACUUAAAACCAAAGGUGUUUAUUUCAUUAAAAAAUCCCCGCACCCCGUAGCCAAAGGUGCGCCCGGGGAAAGCAUCAUUACAGGGGAUUUGUCCAGCAAAAUAAUUGAUCAACUAGCUUCACUGGUUGACGAAGACUAUUACAUGAAUAAACUUUGGUAUUCAAAAGAACUAAUUAAUAUAUUUAACAAGAUUUUAGUACCGAUUCUAUCAAACCCUCAAAAUCACACAGGAUGGCCCAGCGUGAUAGCCAAAGAUGUACACAAACACGUGCACAGCUUAAAAAGCACGGUGUAUCAAGUUAAGGGGCAAGUGAAUGGGCAGACGGUGCUGCCUAUGCCCGUGGGUAUUGACAGAGUGCACGACGUCGAAAGAGAGUUGAUACAAAGCGAUGGCGAAAUUUGCGAUUUGUACCUGAAAAGCGCGAUCGAGGCGAUUGUAAUUAAAUGGUCGGCGCAGAUAAACGACGUUCUUGUUAAUAACUGUUCGGAGAAGAACGAGAGCCUCGUGAAUCCCGUGCCGUCGGAUGAAAUUCAAUUUUGGAAUCUGCGAUUGAAAAAUUUACAAUACAUUUACGAGCAGCUACGGGAAACGAAAGUGAGAAGCAUGGCGGUGAUAUUAGAAAAAACGAACAGCGCAUACUACAGUUGUUUUAGAAGUUUAUUUAAGAGCAUUGUUAUUGCUUUAGCCGAGGCUAAGGAUAUUUCGUUGUAUUUAAAACCGUUGAAAAAGCACAUUACGGUGCUGGAAGAAACCGAUUUCAGCGAUUGUAUUCCUUUAUUGAAACCGUUAAUGCAUGUUGUUUGUUUAAUAUGGUCCAACUCAAAGUGUUAUGACCAAGUGAAAUUGAUUGUUUUAUUGAAGCAAAUAUGUAACUUACUGAUUCACGAGGCCAAAAAGUUUUUGGACCCUACAACUUUAUUUCACAGCGAUAUUGAUGAGGCAAUGCAAAGGGCAAAUUUAAGCUACUUUUACAAAGACAGGGAGCCAGAUCUGUGGAACUUUUCACCAAGCACGGUAUUUAAACGUUUUAACGCAUUUUUAGAACGUCUACAAACAAUUCAGUGGUUUUUUAACACAGUGCUCGAGUUUAGCAAAUUGGAGAAAGUUGAGAUAAGCGGCAUCAAAGGUAGAAUGCUAAGCGCCAGAGUUGUAGGGGUAUUCACCGAAUUUCAGCAGUGUUUUUCGGUUUUCUCGAGCAAAUCAUACGACGUACUAGACCCCGACGAUCCUUCAUUUAAUGCCGACUUUGAGGAAUACACCAGAAGGAUAUAUGAGAUGGACAUGAAGCUUGCCGCCAUAUUAUGCCAGGCCUUCGAAGACUGUUGCAAUUUAGAAAGCAUUUUUAAACUUAUCCAAAUAGUUGGAACUGUGCUGGAAAGGCCUUUGAUAAAAAAAGAGUUUACUUCGAAAUACGAUAGGAUUUUAGAUCUGCUGAACGACGAAAUGUUAAGCGUGGAGGCUUUAUUCCAAGACCAAAUGUUGCAUAAAGAUAAAUACGAGCAAUUUAUUUUGGACAAAUAUAUGCCGCCAGUAGCUGGAACUUUACGAUGGACUCAUAAUCUGUGCGCGCGAAUAACAGCUCCCAUGCAAAGCUUUAAAACUCUACAACAUCCGAUAACCCAAACGCCCGAGGCAAAUAAUAUUUUUAAACAAUACGAACAAUUUAUCGAAAAGGUUGAUGAAUUUAAUAGGAAUAUUUUUAAACAAUGGGCGGACGAAAUCACUCCACAAAUAGAAUGGAAUUUGAAACAAUGCCUACUUAAAAGAAACGUUAAAACUAAAGAGCUCUUUUUAAACUUUAAUCCUCAGUUGUCAAGCAUAUUGCGAGAAGUUCACUAUUUAUGCCUAAUGGAGCAGCUCGACAUACCGGAGAUAGCAAUUAAAUUAGCCGAAAGAAAUGAUACAUUCAGGAAAUAUAUCUCAAAAUUAAAUUCGACGGUUAAUUGGUACAACAAAAUAAGACGCAACACCAAAGACGUCGAGUUUGAUUUAAUUGAAUCCGACAUUGCCGAAAUUGAUAAAUUAGUAGCUAUGGGGCAAACCAAAUUAACCUGGAAUUCGGAAGAUUUGUGGGAUUACAUGGUAAAACUGCACGAUUUGGUCAGAUAUUUGCAGGAGAACCUACAAAAAUGCCAAGAUAAUUUAAAUGAAAUAAAGAAUCUUUUGAUUCCAUUUGCGCGGCAGCCUCUAUUCGAGCGUAAAGAUGGCAAAAAAGACACGGUGCUGUAUAUCGAUGAAAAAGUAGACAAAAUAAAAAAGCGCCACGAAGACAUCAAGAAGGCCACUGACAACAUUUCUAUACUAUUGCAAGAUAACAUGAGGCUGUUUAACAUGACCGAAAAGCAGGACAGUCAAAUUUGGAUUAAUUACGUAAAUUACAUCGACAAUAUCAUUAUGAAUUACUUAUAUCAAUCCAUAGGGUGCAGCCUUGGCUAUAUUAACGAGCACAUGGAUGAAAUAAACAACUUAAGCCCUUUGUUCGAAUCGCAAUUAAAGCUUAUGGAGCCCAACGUUUGUUUCAUUCCAUCACUUGAAGCCGAAGACCCGAGUGGCCUGAAGAAUCUUAUAACCGAACUUAUAUCCGAUAUAAUAGAAACUUCAUCGAUUGUGCCGAGGUUUUCUUCCACUGCCACAGAAAGUUACAAGGAGGAAAUAUCGCAAAACGAAGACAUCGCUGAUAUCAGAGACGACAUUCUCUCGAAUAUUGAGAAAGUAAUUGAGGAUGCUUACGCCUUCUGCGAUAGUUUUCAAAACUAUUCAUAUUUAUGGAUAAACGAUCGUGGUCAGUAUCUAAAAAUGUUUUUACUGUUUGGCAGACAGCUAAACAACGAAGAACUCGAUUUGUUCUACCUAAAAGACGCUAUGGCGCCGAAACCUGCGCCGCCUAAGAUGGAGGCAUUCCGCGAACAAAUCGACAACUUUGAGAACUUGUACCAGGAAGUGGAAAAAAUGCAAACCGAACAAAUUUUCCAUGCUUGGUUCAAAGUAGACGUCAGACCUUUUAAACAAGCUCUGCUGAAUACCAUUAGAAAGUGGGGCAACAUGUUUAAGGAUCACUUGGUUAACACGGUGACGAGUAGCUUAAGCGACUUGGGUCAAUUCAUCCGACUGGCAGACGAAGGCUUGCAGCAAACUGUGCAGGAGGGCGACUACCAAGCGUUGGUAAACGUAAUGGGAUAUUUAUUGAAUGUUAAAGAGCGACAAGUGAACACAGACGAAAUGUUUGGACCGCUGAGGGACACCAUAGAACUGCUGAAAUUCUACGAUCAGGACAUUCCCGAGGAAAUCAACGUUUACUUGCAAGAAUUGCCAGAACAAUGGAAUAACACCAAGAAAAUUGCAAUAACUGUUAAACAGCAAGUUGCUCCUCUACAGGCUGCGGAAGUUUCUGCAAUACGCAAAAAAGUUGUCGAUUUCGAUUCUACGAUUAUGUAUUAUAGAGAGGUGUUUAAAAAGUAUAAAUUCUUUCAGUAUUGCUGCACGAAUCCUUAUGCACUUAUAGAUUCGGUCGACAAGGAUUUAGGUAAACUUGAAAAGGAAAUGAGGAAUAUCCAUGAAUCUGGAUCAUUGUUUGAAGUUAACGUGCCAGAUUUCAAAGUGCUUAAGCAAUGCAGAAAAGAUCUCCGAAUGCUCAAACAAUUGUGGGAUUAUGUUCAAAUAGUGCACACCUGCGUUAACGACUGGAAAACAACGCCCUGGAGAAAGAUUGACGUGGAAAAUAUGGAUAUAGAAUGCAAAAAAUUCGCGAAAGAAAUUAGAAUGCUGGAUAAGGAAAUGCGAGCGUGGGAUACCUACACAGGUCUGGAGUCCACUGUUAAAAAUACAUUAACAUCGUUGAAGGCCGUGGGUGAGCUACAAAAUCCAGCGAUAAGAGAGCGGCAUUGGAAUCAACUGAUGAAGUCAACCAAGAAUCUAGCUGCUUUACCUCCAGAAUUUACAGCGAAAAUCGUUAUGGAUCACAAUACAACUCUGGCAGACCUUCUGGAAUUAAAUCUGCACGAAUGCGAGGAAGAAGUGAAGAAUAUAGUGGACAAAGCCGUGAAGGAAAUGUCAAUGGAAAAAAUACUAAGGGACUUAAACAGUACAUGGUCUGCGAUGGAGUUCGAACAAGAAACUCAUGCAAGAACGGGUUGCACCUUGCUAAGAGCAAGUGAAGAGCUUAUUGAAACUUUGGAAGACAACCAAGUGCAGUUGCAAAAUUUGAUUACCUCCAAAUUUAUAGCACAUUUUCUUGAAGAAGUAUCUGCGUGGCAAAAUAAAUUGGGUUUGGCCGAUUCAGUGAUAACAGUUUGGUUUGAAGUACAAAGAACAUGGAUGCAUUUAGAGUCGAUAUUUAUGAGCAGUGAGGAUAUUAGAAAGCAGUUGCCAGAGGAUUCAGCUAGAUUCGAUAAGAUUGAUGAGGACUUUAAGAAAUUGAUGGUGGAAAUGUCCAAAGUUCCCAACGUGGUGGAAUCUACUAACAGACCGGGGCUUCUAGAGUCUUUGGAGGAGUUGCAGAAAGAUUUGAUUUUAUGUGAGAAAGCGUUGGCUGUGUAUUUGGAGACGAAACGUUUAGCGUUUCCGAGGUUUUACUUCGUUUCGUCGGCCGAUUUAUUGGAUAUUUUGUCCAAUGGAAAUAAUCCCGAGUUGGUUGCUAAGCAUUUAACGAAGUUGUUUGACUCAAUUGCUAAAUUGAAUUUUGGUAGAAAAGAGGAUGGAAGUUUAGACAAGGUAAUAUAUGGAAUGUAUGCCAAGGAUGGGGAAUACGUGGAGUUUCGAGAAAAAACAAACUGCAAUGGCCCGGUGGAAGUGUGGUUGAAUCAAAUACAAGACUCGAUGAGAUCCACUUUAAGGUUAAGCACAGGUGAAGGUGUUUUAUCGUACGAAGAAAAAUCCAGGGAUCAGUGGUUGUUCGAUUUUCCCGCACAAGUGUCACUGUGCGGCACCCAAAUAUGGUGGAAUACCGAAGUGAAUAUGGCCUUCGGUAGACUGGAGGAAGGUUAUGAUAACGCCAUAAGAGAUUACUACAAAAAACAAGUAUCUCAACUGAGCACGUUAAUAUCGUUGCUGUUGGGCGAUUUAACGCGUGAAAGUCGCCAAAAGAUUAUGACUAUUUGCACAAUAGAUGUACAUUCGAGGGACGUUGUUAGUAAACUAAUUCAGAUGAAAGUCGAAACUGCGCUGGCUUUUCAAUGGGUCUCGCAACUCAGACACAGAUGGGACGAAAAAGAUAACCAUUGCUACGCAAAUAUCUGCGACGCUCAAUUUAGAUACAGCUACGAAUAUUUGGGUAAUACGCCGAGGCUUGUUAUCACUCCGCUAACGGAUAGGUGCUACAUAACUUUAACACAGUCGUUGCACUUAGUGAUGGGCGGAGGUCCUGCAGGGCCGGCAGGAACCGGCAAGACAGAAACAACAAAGGACUUGGGUCGGGCACUUGGUAUAAUGGUUUAUGUGUUCAACUGCUCAGAACAAAUGGACUAUAAAUCCUGCGGAAAUAUUUACAAAGGAUUAGCACAAACAGGAGCUUGGGGCUGUUUCGACGAAUUUAACAGGAUCUCUGUGGAGGUCCUGUCAGUAGUUGCAGUGCAGGUGAAAUCGGUGUUGGACGCGAUUAAAAACAAAAAACAGACCUUCGAUUUUAUGGGAGAUCCGAUACAGUUGGUGCCGACUGUAGGCAUAUUCAUAACAAUGAAUCCUGGAUACGCCGGCCGAACCGAAUUGCCAGAAAAUUUAAAAGCUCUUUUCAGGCCUUGUGCGAUGGUUGUCCCAGACUUCGAACUGAUUUGUGAAAUAAUGUUGGUGGCCGAAGGUUUUCAAGAAGCUAAAAUUCUGGCGAGAAAGUUCAUAACGCUUUACACGCUCUGCAAGGAAUUAUUAUCCAAACAAGAUCAUUAUGACUGGGGCUUAAGGGCCAUCAAGUCCGUUUUAGUCGUCGCCGGAUCAUUAAAGCGCGGCGAUCCCGGGAGACCCGAAGAAGAGGUCCUCAUGAGGGCACUAAGAGAUUUUAAUAUCCCGAAAAUCGUAACUGAUGAUACGCCGGUAUUCAUGGGACUUAUAGGCGACUUAUUUCCAGCUUUGGAAGUUCCGAGGAAAAGGGACGCCGACUUUGAACGCACAGUAAAACAGGCCGCAAUUGACCUCAAAUUACAACCGGAAGACAACUUCAUUUUAAAAGUCGUGCAAUUAGAAGAAUUACUCGAGGUGAGGCAUUCGGUUUUCAUAGUAGGCAACGCGGGGACGGGUAAGACGCAAGUAUGGAAAACUUUAUUCCGCACGUAUGCAAACAUAAAAAGAAAACCCAUAUUUAAUGACUUGAAUCCGAAAGCGGUUACAAACGACGAAUUAUUCGGCAUUAUAAAUCCGGCGACUAGGGAGUGGAAGGAUGGCCUGUUCUCCGUCCUGAUGAGAGACCAGGCGAAUCUAACAGGCGACAACCCGAAAUGGAUAGUUCUCGAUGGCGACAUCGACCCAAUGUGGAUUGAAUCUUUGAACACCGUAAUGGACGAUAAUAAAGUUUUGACGUUGGCCAGCAAUGAAAGAAUCGCUCUAACUCCAACAAUGCGCUUGUUGUUCGAAAUUUCAAACUUAAGGACCGCGACGCCUGCUACCGUGUCCAGGGCCGGCAUCCUGUACAUAAACCCGCAGGACUUGGGAUGGAAUCCUUUCGUAACAAGCUGGAUGGAGACGAGAUCGGUGCAAUCAGAAAAAUCGAAUUUGGUUAUGCUGUUUGAUAAAUACAUACCGAUUUGCUUGGAAAAUGUGAAAACGCGUUUUAAAAAAAUCACGCCCAUCGCCGAGACCUGUCACAUAGAAAUGUUGUGUCAUCUGCUAGACUGCCAAUUGACCCCGACGAACACCCCUGCAGACUGUCCCAAGGAGUGGUAUGAGUUGUAUUUCGUUUUUUGCUGCGUUUGGGCCUUCGGUUCUGCGAUGUUUCAAGAGCAAGCGACCGAUUAUCGAAUCGAGUUCACGAAAUGGUGGGCGAAUGAGUUCAAGACCGUCAAGUUUCCCACUGGCGGGACAGUAUUCGAUUAUUACAUAGACUGCGAGACAAAACAGUUUCUCUCGUGGACGGAAAGUUUGGGACGGUUCGAGUUGGACCCGGACAUCCCGUUACAGGCUGUGCUAGUCCAUACGGCGGAAUCGAUACGUAUUCGGUAUUUCUUGGACUUGUUGAUGGAAAAACGUCACCCGGUGAUGUUGGUGGGAAAUGCUGGCUGCGGAAAGACGGUGCUGGUCAAUGAAAAAUUGGUAUCAUUAUCGGAAAACUACGCAGUGACUAACGUACCUUUCAACUUUUACACAACAUCUGAAAUGCUGCAAAAAAUAUUGGAGAGACCGUUAGAGAAGAAGGCGGGUAAAAAUUACGGGCCGCCGGGCAACAAAACGUUAAUUUAUUUCAUCGACGACAUGAAUAUGCCUGAGGUGGACUUCUACGGCACCGUUCAACCGCACACGCUAAUAAGACAACACCUCGAUUACAAUCACUGGUACGACAGAAAUCGGCUGGCGUUAAAGGAUAUUCACAAUUGCCAGUAUGUUUCUUGCAUGAAUCCGACCGCAGGCAGUUUUACUAUUAAUCCACGUCUGCAAAGGCAUUUUUACGUGUUUGCAAUUAGUUUUCCAGGAACAGAUGCUUUGACAACGAUUUAUCACGCUAUAUUAAGUCAACAUCUCUCAAACGUUGAACAUAAAUUUCCCUCUAUUGUUAUAAAGCUGAGCGAAAACAUUGUUCAAGCCUCAGUUGCUUUGCAUCAUAAAGUGUCGCAGAUUUUUCUACCCACCGCAAUUAAAUUCCAUUACAUCUUUAAUUUACGAGACAUUUCUAAUGUUUUCCAGGGUUUACUUUUCAGUUCUAACGACUGCUUAAGCCAACCAAUAGAUUUAGUGCGACUUUGGCUGCAUGAAUCGCAGAGGGUCUACGGCGACAAGCUUACCGAGGAGAAGGACAUCGAUGCAUUCUCAAAGCUCCAAUUGGACAUUUUCAAAAAGAAUUUCGAAGAGAUCGAUGAGAGUGUGGUUUUUGAAAAGCCCAAUAUUUACUGUCAUUUCGCGGGGGGUAUUGGCGAGCCGAAAUAUAUGCCGAUUAAUAACUGGGCGACUUUGAAUAAACUUUUGAACGAGGCCAUGUCGAGCUAUAAUGAUUUGGUUUCGGCCAUGAAUUUGGUAUUGUUCGAGGACGCUAUGAUGCAUGUUUGCCGGAUAAAUCGCAUUUUGGAGUCUCCGCGUGGAAGUUCGUUGCUGGUGGGCGUGGGUGGAAGUGGAAAACAAUCAUUGUCGAUAUUGGCCGCUUUUAUAUCGUCGCUGGAAGUAUCCCAAAUUCAAUUAAAGAAGGGUUACGGCGUGUUGGAUCUUAAAAACGAACUUUCCUCGCUCUAUCUAAAGACGGGGCUGAAAAACGUAGGAAUAAUGUUUCUGAUGACUGACGCUCAGGUCCCGAACGAACAAUUUCUCGUGCUCAUAAACGAUAUGUUGGCGUCCGGCGAGGUGCCGGACAUGUUUCCCGACGAUGAGAUCGAAAACAUUAUAGCAGGUGUGCGUAAUGAAGUUAAAGGCGCCGGCAUGCUGGAUACGCGCGAAAAUUGCUGGAAAUUUUUCAUCGACCGCGUGAGACGACAGCUAAAAGUUGUACUGUGCUUUUCGCCGGUCGGCUCCACUCUGCGGAUAAGAUCUCGAAAAUUCCCCGCCAUUAUUAAUUGCACACAAAUCAACUGGUUUCACGAAUGGCCCCAGGAGGCAUUAGUCUCUGUCUCGCUAAGAUUUCUCCAGGAAUUGGAAGUGCUUCCGGAAUCUCUACGCGAUUCGGCAUCGCGAUUUAUGGCGUUCGCACACACAUCAGUCAACACAAUGUCGAAGCUUUACCUACAAAACGAACGCAGAUAUAACUACACCACCCCGAAGUCUUAUUUAGAACAAAUAAACUUGUAUUCGAAAUUACUGCGUCAAAAAUCCGAGGAACUAAAGGGCAAAGUUCAAAGGCUGGAAAACGGUCUGGACAAACUAAAAAGCACCGCCACGCAAGUGGACGAGCUGAAAAAGAAAUUGGCUUUGCAGGAAAUCGACUUAAAAGAAAAGAACGACGCAGCCGAUGCUUUGAUUCAAAUAGUAGGCAUUGAAACCGAAAAAGUGUCGACUGAAAAGAGUUUGGCCGACGACGAGGAGGAAAAAGUGGCCCUUAUAGCCGAAGAGGUGCUAAAGAAACAAAAAGACUGCGAGGAGGACUUGCUGAAAGCCGAGCCGGCCUUGUUGGCGGCGCAAGAGGCCUUAAACACGCUCAACAAGUCGAAUUUGACGGAAUUAAAAUCGUUCGGCUCUCCUCCAGGCGCCGUGACUAAUGUGACCGCAGCGGUGAUGGUUCUGUUAGCGCCGGCCGCCAAAGUCCCCAAAGAUCGCAGCUGGAAGGCGGCUAAGAUCGUGAUGGCGAAAGUCGACGCCUUCCUGGACGCUCUCAUUAAUUACGACAAGGAAAACAUUCAUCCGGACAUUAUUAAGGCCAUCGAACCUUACUUAAAGGAUUCCGAGUUCGAACCCGAGUUCGUAAGGUCGAAAUCUGCAGCUGCAGCUGGAUUAUGCGCUUGGGUUAUAAACAUUAUUAGAUUUUACGAAGUUUAUUGCGACGUCGAGCCUAAGAGAAAAGCUCUAGCUGCGGCCAACGCUGAGCUGGCAGCUGCUCAAGACAAAUUGAGCGUGAUAAAAAAGAAAGUUAUUUCACUCGAGGAGCAAUUAGCCAAGCUAACGGCCGAUUUUGAAAAAGCGACGCAGGAAAAGUUGUUGUGUCAACAAGAAGCAGAUGCAACAAAUGCUACAAUUCAGCUUGCUAAUAGACUAGUGGGAGGAUUGGCUAGCGAAAACGUCAGAUGGGCAGAAGCGGUGAACAAUUUCUUGGAAAAUGGAAAAAUGAUGCCGGGAGAUGUAUUAUUAAUAACCGCCUUUAUUUCCUAUGUCGGCUGUUUCACAAAACAAUAUCGACUCGAUUUGCUGCACAAAAUGUGGCUGCCUUUCGUCAAAUCCCUGGACCCUGCGGUGCCUAUAACAGAGGACCUGGACCCUUUGACUCUUUUAACAGAUGACACAAUAAUAGCGAAGUGGCACAACGAGGGCCUGCCGAGCGACAGGAUGUCCACGGAGAAUGCCACUAUUCUAUCGAAUUCCGACAGAUGGCCCUUGAUGAUAGACCCUCAGCUCCAAGGAAUAAAAUGGAUAAAACAAAGAUACGGAGAGAACUUGAAAGUCAUACGAUUAGGACAGAAAGGUUUUCUUGACGUUGUGGAAAAAUCAAUUACAAACGGCGCUACUGUACUGGUCGAGAACAUCGGGGAAAGUGUCGACCCCGUAUUAGACACCCUGCUCGGCAGAAACCUAAUAAAAAAGGGAAAGGCAAUUAAAAUCGGCGACAAAGAAAUCGAAUACAACUCCAACUUCAGAUUAAUCCUUCACACGAAAAUAGCUAAUCCUCAUUACAAACCGGAAAUGCAGGCUCAGGCUACUUUAAUUAAUUUCACCGUAACCAGAGACGGCCUUGAAGAUCAGCUAUUAGCCGAAGUAGUUAAGGCCGAAAGACCCGAUUUAGAAGAACUUAAGGCCGAAUUAACCAAACAGCAGAACGACUUUAAAAUAAUGCUCAAGUCGUUGGAGGACGACCUUUUGUCCCGGUUAUCAUCGGCUGGUGGAAAUUUAUUGGGCGAUACAACUUUGGUUGAAAAUUUAGAAACCACCAAACGAACAGCAGCUGAAAUUGAAGAGAAAGUGGCCGAAGCUAAAGUAACAUCAAUUCAAAUCGAUGAGGCUAGAGAGCAUUACAGACCGGCAGCGGCCAGAGCUAGCUUACUUUAUUUCAUCUUAAACGAAUUGAAUACCAUCAAUCCUAUAUACCAGUUUUCUUUAAAGGCGUUCAGUGUCGUAUUUCAAAAAGCAAUCGACAAAGCCGACCCGUCGGACGAGGUGGCCGCCAGGGUGACCAACUUAAUAGACUGCAUCUCGUUUUCCGUAUUCCAAUACACUACCAGAGGGUUAUUCGAAUGCGACAAACUAAUAUUCGCAUCGCAAAUGACUUUUCAGAUGCUAUUGAUGAGUGAGGAAAUAAUGUCUGCCGACUUGGACUUUCUGCUGAGAUUCCCGAUAAAGCCCCACGUGACCAGUCCGGUGGAAUUCUUAUCGAACACGAGCUGGGGAGGCAUUUGCAGCCUUGCAACAAAAGACGAAUUCAGAAACUUGGACAGAGAUAUCGAAAACUCGCCUAAACGAUGGAAGAAACUUGUUGAAUGCGAGUGUCCGGAGAGGGAAAAAUUUCCACAGGAAUGGAACAGAAAAACGGCACUGCAAAGGCUUUGUAUGAUGCGCGCUUUGAGACCCGACCGAAUGAUAUACGCUAUGAUGGCUUUCAUUGAAGAAAAACUGGGCACAAAAUACGUGGAAAACAAGACGGUGGAGUUUGCAAAAUCGUACGAGGAAACGAGCCCAACAACGCCGAUAUUCUUUAUUUUAUCUCCCGGAGUAAAUCCUUUGAAAGACGUCGAGGAACUGGGAAUGAAAAUGGGAUUUACGGCGGACACGCAAAAUUUUCACAACGUUUCGUUGGGGCAAGGACAAGAAAUCGUCGCUGAAAAAGCAAUGGAAAUCGCGGCGGAAAAGGGACAUUGGGUGGUUUUGCAAAAUAUACAUCUCGUUAAAAAGUGGCUACCGGUUCUGGAAAAAAUGCUGGAGAAAUUCGCUUUGGGAUCGCAUCCUGACUAUAGAAUUUUUAUGAGCGCUGAACCUGCUGCCACAGCAUCUGCUCACAUAAUACCUCAAGGUAUUUUGGAAUCGUCGAUAAAAAUAACAAAUGAGCCGCCGACAGGUAUGCAGGCUAAUCUGCAUAAAGCGCUAUCAAAUUUUAAUCAGGAAACUCUGGAGCAAUGUGGGAAAGAGGCGGAAUUUAAAGUGAUUCUUUUCGCCUUGUGCUAUUUUCAUGCUGUUGUGGCCGAGAGAAGGAAAUUCGGACCGCAAGGCUGGAAUAAAGUGUAUCCAUUUAACGUGGGCGACCUGAACAUAAGCGUGUUCGUGCUUUUUAAUUAUCUCGAAGCGAACUCGAAGGUGCCGUGGGAAGAUCUGAGAUAUUUGUUCGGCGAGAUAAUGUACGGCGGGCACAUAACGGACGAUUGGGAUCGACGUCUGUGCAUUACGUAUUUGGAGGAGCUGCUGCAACCUGACUUGGUUGAUGGAGAGUUGUCAUUGGCUCCGGGAUUUUCCGCGCCGCCCAACAUUGACUACGUCGGCUAUCACACUUACAUCGACGAAGCUAUGCCGCCGGAAUCACCUUACUUAUACGGUCUACACCCGAAUGCCGAAAUCGGCUUUUUGACAACCACGGCAGACAAUUUGUUCAGGACUGUCUUCGAAAUGCAACCGCGAGAGGCCGGCUCUUCCGGAGGUGCCACCGUCACCAGAGAAGACAAGGUGAAACAAAUGGUCGACGAAAUGUUGGAAAAACUUCCCGAAGAUUUUAACAUGCUGGAAAUAAUGGGCAAAGUUGAAGAACGCACGCCGUACGUGAUAGUAGCCUUCCAAGAGUGCGAAAGAAUGAAUUUUCUCACCGGCGAAAUAAAAAGGUCGCUCAAAGAACUCGAACUCGGCCUCAAAGGAGAGUUAACCAUAACCAGCGAUAUGGAGGAGUUGGAAAAUGCGUUGUUUUUGGACCAAGUCCCAGUCGUUUGGCAAGCUAGAGCCUACCCCUCUCUACUUGGACUUACAUCAUGGUUUGUGGACUUACUACUAAGAAUAAGGGAACUGGAAACCUGGUCCACAGAUUUUGUGUUGCCCGCCUCAGUUUGGCUUGGCGGUUUUUUCAACCCUCAAUCGUUAUUAACAGCCAUAAUGCAAAGUACAGCACGAAAAAACGAAUUGCCGCUCGAUAAAAUGUGUCUCCAAUGCGACGUAACAAAAAAGCAAAAAGAGGAGUUCACGAGCGCUCCCAGAGAUGGCGCCUAUGUUCACAGUUUGGUUAUGGAAGGGGCGCGCUGGGAUGUACAAGCGGGAAUUAUAAUGGAUUCGCGUUUAAAGGAAUUAUUCCCUGGAAUGCCCGUUAUGAAUAUACGGGCCAUAACCCAAGACAAACAAGAUUUAAGGAAUAUGUAUGAAUGUCCUGUAUAUAAAACGCGGACAAGAGGCCCAACUUAUGUAUGGACGUUUAAUUUAAAAACCAAAGAUAAGCCUGCCAAAUGGACUUUGGCAGGCGUGGCAUUGUUAUUACAAAUUUAA